UAGUAGUGCCACACCAGCACAAUAAAAAAGGAUAAUUAAGCUCAAACUCUAAAAUUAAUAAACUUUUGACGUUUUUUAGGUACACAACAUUCACCAUAAAUCUUUACAGUGAAUAAAUAAUAUCGCCUUUAUACUGUAUGAGUCUACUACACUGAAAAUGGCAGAUGAUGAGCAGGAUCCUAAAGAAUACCGGUGGGAGACAGGUUAUGAGAAAACAUGGGAGGCUAUCAAAGAAGAUGAAGAUGGUCUUGUGGAGGGUCUGGUGGCAGAGUUUGCUCAAAAGGCUGCACGGAAGGCGGUCGUGCCUCGCCGUGGACCCAUACGUCUUGGCAUGAUGAGACAUUUACUUGUUGCUAUAGACUGCUCUGAGGCUAUGACCUCACAGGAUUUGAAGCCAAUGAGAUUUCUUUGCACUUUGAAGUUGCUGGAGAAAUUCGUUGAAGAGUUUUUUGAUCAAAACCCACUAAGUCAGCUGGGCAUCAUAGCUAUGAAAAACAAAAGAGCAGAGAAGGUGACAGAGCUGUCUGGAAAUGUUAGGAAACAUAUAAAAGCUGUACAAGGUUUGUCAAACCUAACUUUGACUGGAGAGCCGUCUUUACAAAACACUCUUGAAUUGGCAGGCAGGAUACUCAGGCCUCUGCCCGGCCAUGCCUCCCGGGAACUUCUUGUGCUAUUUGCUUCUCUCACUACUUGUGAUCCUAGUGAUAUUAAUACUACUAUACAGACUCUCAAAACAGAUGGGAUAAGAUGUUCUGUGAUUGGUCUAGCAGCUGAAGUACGAAUUUGUAAGAAAUUAUGUCAGGACACUGGUGGCGAAUAUGGGGUGGUUUUAGAUGAUGUCCAUUACCGAUCAUUGCUGUUAGAACAAACAUCGCCGCCGGCUCGAGCGCGGGCCCUCGACGCGGGGCUGGUCAAGAUGGGGUUCCCCUAUACGCCGCCCCCGGAACAACCCGAUGCAGACCCGCCCAUCACUGUGUGCAUGUGCCACGUGGAGGAGGGCGAGGGCGUGGGCGGCGAGGGCCACCUGUGCCCGCAGUGCCGCAGCAAGUACUGCUCGCUGCCCGCGCAGUGCCGCACCUGCGGGCUGACGCUCGCUUCCGCGCCGCAUCUUGCCAGAUCAUAUCACCAUCUAUUUCCUGUGGAGCCGUAUGAAGAGUUGACUAAUGAGGGUCAGGCACAGUAUUGUUUCUCCUGUUUGAGAUCAUUCACUGAUUUAGAUAAACAGAUAUACCGUUGCAGUCGCUGCAUUGAACACUACUGCUGGGAGUGUGAGAGCGUGAUAUCCAGUACACUGCACGUGUGCCCGGGCUGCGCUUCCCGGCCUCACCUCUACCAGCGCUUACCAGAGACCUCGUGACGUUUGGGAAGCAAAGUAAAGCAUUGAUAUUAUAUCAAAUAUGUUUGAAUCAAUCAUUUUAAAAACCAUCUAAGUCACAUUUUAACUUUUGCAAUUUGCAGUCAAAUUAUGUUUCAAUUAUAAACCCACCUAUAGUUCGCGACAGGUCGUCGUGGCAAUCGAGGUGGGGACGCCCCGGACACCCGCACUAAUCAGGUGCAGGAUAGCGCGGGUGACGUGGCGACCCGUUAAUUUAGAUUUUAGGCUUUAGUUCUGGGCUGGAUGAAAAGUAUUUGAAAACAAUUUAAAAAAAUCAUUAAUUUUCCACGUUUUAAUGAUUAUACAUUAUUGUUAAAUAAUAAUAAAAGAUGAUUGGUAAAUGAAACAGAAAAUAUCAUU